CUCGAAGUGCUCGAUAGUUGGCAUGUUACGUGUGUUUUCGGCUUUCUCGCUUCCUUCUCGUUCUCGUUUCCUUCCUCCUUGAUUCCGAUUCCGAAUGUUGUUGCAUUUAGUGCAAGCAAGUGCGGUGCAACAACACGACAUCGCGUCCGAAUAUUAUAAAUAUUAGAAACAUCAAAGCCAAACACCGCGUGCACUCGCACCUACAACAACAACAACGUCUCCAACGCGUUGCAAACACUUAAUGCGGAGUAUUAUCUUUUUUUUUCGCUGCAUUUGCUGACUGUUUCCGCUGGCAGCUCCAAAAACUGUGUAAAACGAGAAAAAAACCCGAAAAAACAAACAAAAGAAAGAAAAACGCGUGUGUGCGCGGUCUGUUGCUUAUUUUUUGUGGUUAACAACAACGGUAGUGACAAACAACAACAAGAACAGUUAGCAAUUGGAGCAUCAAAAUGACAUCGAAAAAACGCAAAACCCUGUUGGACGCCGAUGACGACGAUGAUAAUUUUGAUGAGGACGAUUCGGGCUCCGAUUUUGAUGAUGACGAGGAUCCAGAUCAAAUAGAAGUACCCGGUGGUGGUCGCGAUCUAAAUACUGCUGUUACGUACGCCCAAAAUAUCCGUAGCGGAGUGGGCGUGGUGACCAAGGGCGGUACACCCAUACCCAUUAGUGGCGCCAAAAUUGUUUUAAGCAAAAAUAAUAUCAAGCCAAUAUCGCUGUUGCGCAUCAACAACAAUAACAAUAACAACAUUAUCGCCAGUGGCAUCAACAACAAUAGCAACGGCAACAAUACCGCUGUGCGCCAGAUAAUAACAACAGCAACAACAGGGGCGGGCGCUGCGUCAACGGUUGGAGGCGUGGCACUGGGCGGAAAGAUCACAGCGAUACCGAUAAUAACCAGAAAAGUAGCAGUAGAGAAUAAUUUAAACAAUAUGCCAAAGAAACUGAAUAACACGAUAACGGCUAUGGGCAGUCCGGCCGCCAGGAGCACCGGCAAUGCGGCUGGGUCGGCUGGUGGGGGCGUUGGGUCCACCAGCAGCUAUUUAAACAGCCUCAGCACCAACGAACUGAUGAACCUGGCCGCCUACGUGGCCGCCAAGGGUAGCAACGCCCCACCGCCCCCGCCGCCGUCCACGGCCGCCAAUUCGGUGCGGAGUUCUCCACCAGGCGGUAAUCCCGGUGGCAAUUUCUUUAGCGGAUCGGCGGCGUCGACUUCAGCCUCUGCUGCUAAUUUCAAUAUGGCCGCGUCUUUAUUGGCGCAGAUGAGUUAUGCGGGCGGAGUACCACCCAUUCGCCCUUUUAAGGUGGCUGGCGCAAUGGGGAACAGCCAGAAGCCAUCGGUGGCCACAUCCGCCGGGAGCGCUGGAGGCGGAGGAUCUGCUGGCGGAGCAACCGCAGCCUCCGGGGUCAAGGGCAACAACUCGAUGAUGGAGGCCGUGCAGAAGCUAAUCGCCAUGAAUCCGGAAUACCUGACCAGCGGUAUACCGAACAAUGUGUUCCAGCUGUUCAUGCAAUCGAUGCAACGUCCGCCCACGAAUCCGGCGCCCAUGCAACCGGUGAAUUCCGGUUUUAUGGCGGCCAGUGCUGCUGCAGCGGCGGCAGCGCAAGCUGCGGCCCAGGCCUCAGCGGCUGCCUAUGUCCAGCAGGAGGAGGACGAGGUCGACUACGAGGAGAUGGGCGUGGCCGAGACCUAUGCCGACUACUGGCCCGCCAAAUUGAAACUGGGCAAGAAGCAUCCGGAUGCCGUCGUGGAGACGGCCUCGCUGAGUUCCGUGGAGCCCUGCGAUGUGUACUACAAGCUGUCCCUGCCCCUCGAGACAAUAAACAGCGGACAUCUCAGCGCCCUGCAAUUGGAGUCCAUCACGUACGCCUCCCAGGCGCACGAUCACCUGCUUCCGGACGGAAGUCGGGCUGGAUUCCUGAUCGGAGAUGGCGCCGGUGUGGGCAAGGGUCGCACCAUCGCCGGCAUCAUCUACGAGAACUAUCUGAAGGGGCGCAAGAAGGCGCUGUGGAUAUCCGUGUCCAACGAUCUCAAGUACGAUGCCGAGCGUGAUCUCAGCGACAUUGGAGCCACGCGGAUCGAUGUCCAUGCCCUCAACAAGUUCAAGUACGCCAAGAUCAGCUCUGAUGUGAACAACAACUGCAAGCGGGGCGUGAUCUUCAGCACGUAUUCCGCUUUGAUCGGUGAGUCCAACAACAAGACGGGCAAGUACCGAUCGCGAUUCCGCCAGCUGCUGCAGUGGUGCGGCGAGGAUUUCGAGGGUCUCAUCAUCUUCGACGAGUGUCACAAGGCCAAGAAUCUGUGUCCCGUGGGUUCCGGCAAGCCAACGAAGACGGGCCAGACCGUGCUGGAGCUGCAGCAGAAGUUGCCCAAGGCGCGAGUGGUGUAUGCAUCCGCAACGGGUGCUUCCGAGCCCAAGAACAUGGCGUACAUGGUGCGUCUGGGUCUCUGGGGACAGGGCACGGCCUUUGGCAACUUUAACGAUUUCAUCACGGCCGUGGAGAGACGAGGUGUGGGUGCCAUGGAGAUCGUGGCUAUGGAUAUGAAACUGCGCGGCAUGUAUAUUGCGCGCCAGUUGAGCUUCAAGGGCGUCAGCUUCAAGAUCGAGGAGGUCCCACUCUCCAAGGAGUUCCGCAAGAUCUACGAUCAGUCCGUGGAGCUGUGGGUGGAGGCCAUGCAGAAGUUCACCGAGGCGGCCGAACUGAUCGAUGCCGAGAGCCGCAUGAAGAAGACGAUGUGGGGCCAGUUCUGGUCAUCGCAUCAGCGCUUCUUCAAGUACCUUUGCAUCGCCGCCAAGGUGAACCAUGCGGUGCUGGUGGCCCGCGAGUCCAUCAAGUACGGCAAGUGUGUGGUCAUCGGUCUGCAGUCCACCGGCGAGGCUCGCACUUUGGAUCAGCUGGAGCGGGACGACGGCGAGCUCACCGAUUUUGUCUCUACGGCUAAAGGUGUCUUUCAGUCGUUUGUGGAGCGCCAUUUUCCGGCUCCCGAUCGCAAUCGCAUCAAUCGCAUCCUAGGUCUCUACGAUGAGACGCCCUCUCAGUUAUCCAUCGCCGAUUCCACCUCCAGCUUGGGCAACAAUAAUAAUAACACCACUGCGGCUGCCAAACGAAAGGGAGCUGGCAACAGUGAUAAUGGAUCCUCCACGGGCGGCAAGUCCAAGAAGAAGAAGCGCAGUGGAUCCUGGCAAUACAGCGAUAGCGACGAUGACGAUGCGGGAAGAAAACGCAAUCGAAAGCGGGAUGCUGGCAACUCUAACAGCGACAGCGACGAGGCGAAUAGUGAUGAUGAGUUCCGCAGUGAUCUGGAUGACGAGGAUGAGGACGAUGAAGAUCACGACGUGGACAGCGAUCGGCGAAGCGUGGCCAGCGAUGCCAGCUCCGAUUUCAAUCCCUUCUUCAGCGGCAGCGAUAGCGACAUCGAUCCCUGGGUAAAUGCGCGCAGCAAGAAAUCCACCAAGAAGACCCAGAAGAAAACCAAGAAAAAGGUGAAGAAGGAGAAGCCCAAAAAAGAGGCAUCCUCAUCGGCAGCCAAUUCAGGCACCACCGAUCCCAGUGGCAGUACGGCCAUGUCCGCCACCGUGGUUGCCGCUCUGAAUGCGGCCAAGACCCGCAAAUCUCAGCUCUCCACGCAGGACAAGAUCCAGGACCUGCUGCAGAAGAAGCAGGAGCUCAAGGGCACUGUCACGCCGGUGGGCGUGAAUGGUGUUAAGCUGAACUACGGUCCUCCGCCCAAAGACGCCAUCGAACGAGCCUGCACGAUGAAGGAGGAGCUGCUGCGCAAGAUCGAGCGUCUGGGCUCUCGACUCCCGCCGAACACCUUGGAUCAACUGAUCGACGAACUGGGCGGUCCCGAUAACGUGGCCGAGAUGACGGGUCGACGGGGUCGCGUAGUGCAAAACGAUGAGGGCAACAUCCAAUACGAGUCCAGAACCGAAUCGGAUGUCCCGCUGGAAACGCUGAAUAUCACAGAGAAGCAGCGCUUCAUGGACGGCCAGAAGGAUGUGGCCAUCAUCUCGGAGGCGGCGUCCAGUGGUAUUUCCCUGCAGAGUGAUCGGCGGGUCUUUAACCAGCGCCGACGAGUCCACAUCACCUUGGAGUUACCCUGGUCAGCCGACAGAGCCAUCCAGCAGUUUGGACGUACCCAUCGAUCCAAUCAGGUGAACGCGCCCGAAUACAUCUUUCUCAUCUCGGAUCUGGCUGGUGAAAGACGUUUCGCCUCCACCGUGGCCAAGCGCCUGGAAUCGUUGGGAGCGCUCACCCACGGCGAUCGCAGGGCCACGGAGACUCGUGAUCUCUCCCAGUUCAAUAUUGACAACAAGUACGGACGACAGGCCCUAGAAACGGUGAUGCGUACCAUAAUGGGCUACGAAUCGCCACUGGUGCCACCGCCGACGGAUUACAGCGGAGAGUUCUUCAAGGACAUCGCCGGAGCCCUGGUCGGUGUGGGCAUAAUCGUGAACAGCGAGAGCAAUCCGGGUGUGCUGAGUCUCGACAAGGACUAUAAUAACAUAUCAAAGUUUCUCAAUCGCAUCCUCGGCUGUCCGGUUGAUCUGCAGAAUCGGUUGUUCAAGUACUUUACGGACACCAUGACGGCAAUCAUCCAGCAGGCUAAGCGCGGCGGUCGGUUCGACCUGGGCAUUGUGGAUCUGGGAGCUGCCGGCGAGAACGUGACCCGUUGCCGGCUUAUCCGGUUUGUGCGCAAACAUGCCACUGGAGUGGCGCCCACAGAAAUGCACACGGUUCGAGUGGAGCGUGGCAUGAUCUGGCAGGAGGCCAUUGAUAAAUAUGCCGAUCUGUUCAACGACAACGAGGGCUUCUACCUGUCCCACCAGCUGCGCAACCAGAAGCGAACCGCCAUUAUGGUGGUGAUCCUGGAGCAGCAGCCACCGCGCAACAGUAGCUCGACGAGCAGCACCACCGAUUCGGACAAUGGCGGCAAGAAAAAGAAGUCGCGCAGCAAAAAGGAGAUCAUGUGCCAGAUAUACCGACCGAACACCGGUCUCCAGGUGCGCCACGAGUCGCUUUUCGAGCUGGAGAAGAAGUACCGCAAGGUGGCCAGCGAGGAAGCGGAGCCGCACUGGACGGAGCAGUACGAUGCGUCGGUGAAUACCUGCUCGCACGCCUACUGGAACGGCAACUGUAGGAACGUGAGCCUGGGCAACGACUGUGAGGUGGGACUGCGUCAGCGUUUGUACCACGUACUGGCGGGAUCCGUGCUCUCCGUUUGGGGACGCGUGGAGCACAUACUGAAUACACGUUCCAACAGCAAGAUGCAAGUGAUACGCAUGAAGACAACCGAGGGCGAGAAGAUUGUGGGCACCAUGAUACCCAAGUCCUGCUUCGAACCGUUGAUGGCCGAUCUGCGCAGCGAUUCGGAGAAGCAGGAAGAGUUUAACUACUAAGUGUGGGGCGACACAGUGUUGCAGUUGUGUGAUUUUGUUAUGGCUUCAUUUUUGAGACCGCUAUCCCCCCGUAUCUUCCAACCCGAGGCCAAGCAAUAUUUAAAUCCACAACGGAUGUUAGGGAGAUUGAGCAGCAAGAUAGGCUCUGUCGUAAUAUAUAUAUAAAUAAUACUAUAAAUAAACUUAAAUACAUAGCGUAUGUGUAGAAGGACAUGAAUUAAGGCUCCAGGACAGCAGCAAACGCUUGAGUAACAAAUAUUUUUUUUUUGUCUUAAUUUUAAAUAGACUUAACUAUGUACAACCCAAACGCACGUACAUACCACACAUCCAUGAUAGAAUCAGACUUUGGCUCGUCAUAGCUCAUAAAACCCACUCACUCACAUACAGACACCCGCGCAACGGAAAGAUAAAAAGAUAUAUAGAGAACGAAAUGAAAACGCUUAUAAAUGGACUUUCUCAAUGAUUUAAAGAUUAAUUUUAAUUACGGUUUAAGUUAACGCUUACGUUUACACACAAUAAACCGCCACAUUUUGUAAACUAUUUAUUACUAUUACUAUUAUUAUUAUUAUAUAUAUAAAUACGUUUUUUAAUUGUUUUUAAUGUAACAUUCUUAAGAUUAUUUCGAUGGCUGCAGCGCAGCGCAGCAAAACAAAAACCCCCAAGCUAAGGCAUUUUUUUUUUAUCAAACUGCUGUUUGUAAUUAGGUAUUAACUUGUAAUGACUAAACUUAAGUAAAGCCAACAGACAUUGAGAGGCAUCUGAAGAACAGAUAGGAGGUGGCGACAGAAAAAUGUUCGCUAAAAACUCAUGUGAAUGAUUUGUGCACGCAUACGUACAAUUAAUAAAUAUAAAUGUGCGGAUAAAAAGAAA